ACGGCGACGUCCCGUAAAUAUAUAGGAUGUGUCCUCAUCUCGAAUUGAGAUUCCCAUCCGAAGUUGUAAAAAAAUUCCAGGUUCCAGCUUUCAUCUUAUUUCGAACCACUACCCCAAAAUCAGCAUCAGCAGCACAUCACCAUGCAAUCCAUACUCCAGAAAACAACAGGCAUCGGCCCUCAAGUCAUCAAACCCGACAACCUCCAAGGCCGCGUCGCAAUCGUAACAGGCGGCGCCCUCGGAAUCGGCUACGAAGUAUCCCGCGCCCUCGCUCACGCAGGCUGCAAAGUCAUAAUGAUCAAUCGCAAACAAGAACAAGGCGAAGAAGCCAUCUCCACAAUCCAAAAUGAAAAGUCUGAUGCAAAAGUUGACUGGAAAGAGUGCGACAUGGGAAAUCUAGCUCAAAUCCGCGAAGUCUUUGGUGGUCUGCGAGAGUCACUUGAUAGACUUGACUUUUUGGUUCUUUCGGCGGGUAUCAACACGAAUCAGUUUGGGUUGGAUUCCGAUGGGAUUGAGCGACAUUUUGGGGUGAACUUUUUAGGGCAUUUUUAUGUGUGUAAUCAGCUUUGGCCGCUUUUGAGAAAGACAGGGAAGAUGGAGAAUACGCCGCCGCCGAGAGUUGUGUUUGAGGCUAGUGAGAUGCAUCGUCUUGCACAGCUUUCGAAUGUUCAGUUCAGAAGCAAGGAUGAGAUCAAUGAUCCGAAUCUUGACUCCACGGCUCGAUACAACAGGACCAAGCUUGCGAUGAUCUUGUUUGCAAAGUAUGGAUUAGCUGGAAAGGUUAUCCAAGAAAACAAGGAUAGGAUCUAUGCUCUUUCUGUCCACCCCGGAGCGGUUAACACCGCAAUGCAGCAGCAGUGGAAAGACGCCUACCCCGGCCUGACAGGAAAACUUCUAUCCUGGGCUAUGCUAGCCAUCGGCCGUGACGUAGAGCAGGGAUCGUACAGUGCACUCUGGGCGCUGACUUCACCCAAGAUCGAGGAGGAGGAUUUGAAUGGGUACUACUUCUCUGACCCUGAUCAAGAGGGCAAGGAAACGAGCCAGGCUUCGAAUCCCGAGCUGGCGGCCAACAUUUGGAACUUAAGUAAGACGCUUAUUGAGGGGGUGUUGGGCAGUGAUGCUUUGCUUGACUGGAAUGUGUCUACUGUCACUGGAAAGGAUCUCAAGUAAAAUUAUAGCUUUCAAGGCGUGUAGGUGAUAAGCCACCCUUGCUUAUGUGUUGAAGUGUUUGAACCUGUUACUUGGAAGUCGAAAAGAAGAACUGGAAUGAAACUUGUAAGACGAGUUGAUAUAAAUCAUAACAUAUAAAGUAUAGAUAGUCAGAAUGUAUCGACUGAUAUUAUUAUG